AUGCUGAGUGGCGCCACUUUACCUGAUGCCGCGGUUGGCCGGAAUGCGAUUUCUCCAACGAACGCGGCGUCAACGCCAAGAAGUCGGCGCCCUCGCCGUGCCGCCAAUCCUCAGGAUCGCACGCAUUCCUCCAUUGACUCAAUAGAAAGCCUGAGGUUCAUGAGCGAUUCCACCAGUGUGUACUCGCCGUCUUCUAGUGCGAGGACGACUCCGGUGCGGGUAGAUGGCGCUGGGCUGCCCUCGGCUGCUAUGCUUUCGCGGACCCGGAGUGCUGGCGGACCAGAUAUCGACACAGGCAAUGGUGGCGGAAGCCAGUCACCACCUUCGCUGGAACGCAGCGCAGUUCCUACCAUACAAAGCAUAAAGGUGGGGGAUGAUAAAGGACCAUGUUUGUCCCCUGGAUUGGGAGAGCGUGCUGCCGCGCUGACGAGUAAAUCGGGGUUGCGGGAAAGGCCGGGCCGCAGCACCGGUUCCAAACAGCUGUUGUUGAACUGCUCUGACACUACCGUCGCUGUGGAACCGCGCAAAAAGCGGGCGAAGCGGAAGGCGGUGGUGAAGCCGGAACCUGCGGAGAUUCCUGUGCCGCCGAUUCGUAAGCCUGCACCGGUGGAUACCUCUGUGCCGUUCUGGCUCACCACUCCCAAGGACGUGAAGGACAUCGCAAGCUACGUGAAGACCAUAUGCUCCCGCAUAUCCAACAUAGAGAAAACUAUGAAGCGAUUUGAGUCGGAGCGCCAGGGGUUGCUGAACGCCCUUUAUCAGCUGAAUGUGCGGCAACUACAGGAAUCAUUCCCCAGUAGGUGGAACGCCGCUGAAUGCGAUCGUCUGAAUGCAACACGUCCAAAGGACGUUGAGCAAACGAGACCGGAUGGCGCUGAGUUAGUUGCUGCUGCCACGUCGUUGAACGGCGAUGGGCCUGGCGUUACGCGUGGCAGCUCUGCAGGGGCUCGGACGACUGUCCCGGCUAAGGAGUCUAUGUCGCCCAAAGAAAACGCCUGUGCGGCUGUUUCGGUGGCUAACGUGUUGACAGAUUAUACACUCCCACGUGACGCAAAACAGGAACCAACAGUUGCUAAGGCAGCCACGGAAACAACCGCUUCUCCACAGGCAGAGUCCGGUGAGGGAGUAGUAUCGCAAAAUGGCGCUAUUCAAUGCGUCCCAGAUGUAAUAGAGAUUGUAGAUGAUGGGGAUGUGGAGGAGCACAAGUCCCACGCUGAGCAAGCGGGGCCACCGGAACCGCCGUGCAAGGGUCAGGUUGACGAUGACUCCGAGUCGUCGUUCACCGACGUUUCGCACCACGCGAUGCAACGCGUGGGCUCUUCUGUGCACGGAAAUGAUGAUGAGCUGGAAUUUAUAGGCGAGAGCCAGCUGGACCGCAACGUUGCGAACUACAAUGCGGAUGACUUUAUGGAAUCCAACGUGCUCAACGACUUCCGCAUGUGGCGCUCGUGCUGGCUUAAGUCCAACGACAAGCCGGAAGCGGUCUCUCCCUCUCGAGCAGUAAUGCGUUCAGCAGGGAACUACAGAUGCAACCGAAAUGAGGGCAGUCUCUCGCCCGGGUCAGAGGGACGGGGUGUACGUGUCGAGAACGCUUCGGCGGAGCCGCAGGGUGACCCGCUAGACCGGUUCUGGAAUCUCGACUUUCGCGCUAUGUCUCAGCCUAACAUGCUGAGAUGGGCCCGAUUCUUCGGCAUAAAGACUUCCAACUCGACACGGUCCAUGGCUGAAGAGUUGGAGAAGAUCAGGUCUUAUCUGUCAUCCUUUAAUGUAAAGUAA